AUGCCGGUGGCAGAAAGUGCCAAGUGGAAUGAACAUUUAAAAACUCAGUACAGUUUAAGAGCUGAAAUGAGUUACAGGCUAAGCAGUAGCAGCAGCAUCACCAUCAGCAUCGUCAACACUGAGUGCAGUGCCCUUUUCAAACUUCAGAUUCCCCCUAAUUCCAACCAAAUUCCUAAUUUCUUUUUCUUUAAUAGGGUUUGGUGUUGUAGUAAAAACAACAAGAAUUUGGAAAUGGAGGGUCACGAUCUCUCCAAAUUCACCGUUAUCAAUGAAACUCACUCACUCAACCACAAAAUUUCCGCCAUUCACAACGCCGGCCCUUCUAAACUCCAGGUAAUUGCGGAUUUUGAUGCAACUUUAACAAGGUACUGGAUCAAUGGGCACCGAGGACAAAGCAGUCAUGGCCUUUUGAAGCAAGGGAAUCCCGAGUAUGAUGCCAAGAGGCAAGCGUUAUUUGAGUACUAUCAUCCAUUAGAGUUCUCUCCUACAAUUCCACUUGAAGAGAAAACCAAACUCAUGGAAGAAUGGUGGGGGAAAACACAUGGUCUUCUUAUUGAAGGAGGCCUUACAUAUGAUGCAAUAAAGAACUCUGUUGGUAGUUCUAAUAUUGCCUUUAGGGAUGGUGUAGUUGAACUUUUUGAGUUUUUGGAGGAGAGAGAUGUCCCGGUUCUCAUAUUUUCAGCAGGGCUUGCAGAUAUUAUAGAGGAGGUCCUAAGGCAGAAAGUUCACAGAUCUUUUAAGAACAUUAAGAUUGUCUCAAACCAGAUGUUGUUUGACAAUAGUGGUCACCUUGUAUCUUUCAAAGGGAAGUUGAUUCACAGUCUGAAUAAAAAUGAGCAUGCUCUUGAUAUGGCGGCACCUCUUCAUGAUCAAAUGGGUGGAAUUGACGGUCCUGCUGAAGACAAUGCCUCAGUGAAGCAGAGGACUAAUGUGCUACUUCUAGGUGAUCAUGUUGGUGAUUUGGGAAUGUCUGAUGGCUUGAAUUAUGAGAAUCGUAUAUCUGUGGGAUUUCUGAAUGACAACAUUGAGAAGAACCUUGAGAGCUACCGUAAUGCCUUCGAUAUUGUUUACAUGAAUGACACAGCCAUGUGGGGAGUGGUGAAGCUUGCAGCUCAACUGUGUUCAAUGGAAGCUUGAUCGAUUGCCAAUGGAUUGCAUUGCUAUUAUUAGGCUCUU